UCAAGAACCAUGGAAUAAUGUUGAAGAUAAAAGUUUGAAAAGACUUCUACUACUCUGAGUAGCUUAACUGUUUAUGUAUUGUUGACUGUGACAACCCUACCUGAAAGGUGUAAAGUGAAGCCAGCAUCUGCGGAGAUUUACAGAUAAGAUUUGUCGGUGGUUUCUACUUCAUUUAAAUAUCAACAUGGUGCAUGAUAAAGAUUAGUACUAUCAGCGUAGAAGACUGUGACACAAGCCGGUUAAAUCACGGUUUUUGAAGUUAAUAUACCAGAGGUUUAAUUUGGCACCAGAAUGACAGGACUGAUCAGCUGAUUCAAGGUGUCUGCAGAUGGCUUAACAACUUGACAUGCAGCGUAGAUCAUGACUUACAGUGGAGUCAGAGAUUGGGGGAGAACUAAUGCCAGAUAACUUAAAGUGGAGUCAGAGAUUGGUGGAGAACUAAUGCCAGAUAACUAUUUACAUUCCACAAGAUUUACAAAUAUUAUUUACAACAUAAAAGUUUAACAGUCACAAACAUUUAAUGAUUUGAUUAAAAUAAAAGAGAAAGAAGAGGAAUAUAUUUCACCAUAUUACAAGCAAUAGAUUCUGCAUGAUGUAACAGUUUGGAUGAUUUACUGACAAAAUCCAUGUCCUGAUAAUACGACUGUAGCUCUGUCACCAUGUGGUUUUUACUCAUCGUCGCUACAGUCCUGAUGGCAUCAGACCAAUCCAUUGCCGCUGAAGGAACAAGCAUCGCCCCAUUCUUCAGAUAUGUAGAAUUAAUAAAUUCUGAACCAGCCAUUACACUAUUUCUCCGUAACAUGUCGGUAGCUGAGGAACAGACUAUAAGCUUUGUUUGUAAAGCCUCAGGAAGUCCAAUGCCAAAAUUUACAUGGUAUAGAGACGAUAAAAGAAUAAAAGCUGUCAAUAGACAACGAUAUGAAAUUAAACCAAUGCCACAUGGAAGUGUUCUCCGAAUAGAACCCGUCAAGGCGAGGCGAGAUUCUGGAAAAUUUACUUGUGAAGCAGAAAAUGAUUAUGGAAGUAAAGUACAAACUAGUGCUUUUUUACAUGUAUACCCAGUUGAUCAAAAAGAUUGGCCAGAAAAAGGUAAUCCAAACUGGAAAAAAAUGUAUAAAGAUAUACCACAAGGCUAUCCUAGAAUAACAGUUAACCCUAAACUUAAAUCUAUAGAGAAAGGAAGGAAUGCAAUCAUGAAAUGUGAAGCUGAGGCUCCAGGGAUCUACAACCAAGAACCUAUCCAAAUAGAAUGGUUUAAAGAUAAGAUUCCUGUAGACUUAACUGAUACAAGGUUAACUAAAGUUGACCCAGGAUAUCUACAGAUACAAAAUAGUAUGGAAUCUGAUCAUGGUCGAUAUGAAUGUGUGGCGUCUAACAGUAAAGGGGUAGCUUAUUCUUUUGCUGCCAUGCUGUAUGUUAAAGUGAGAAGAGUGCCUCCUCAUUUUACAAUGCCACCAAAGAAUGUCGAGAUCAGUCCCUACACAAAUGUCAACCUGACCUGUGUGGCUGUGGGGUCACCAAUGCCAAAGGUCAAGUUCCGUGCUGGACCAAUAGAGUUGACCCCAGAAGACGAGGAGCACAUAGGAACCAAUACAUUAGUACUGAUCAACGUUACAGAAAGCAAGAACUACACAUGUGUUGCUUCAUCUGAGCUGGGAAAUAUUGAACAUGUGGUUCAAGUCAAAGUUAAAGCUCCUGGAACGCCACCCAAGAAUGUGCGAGCUCAAGCACUCAGUCCUGCAACAGUAUUGGUCAAAUGGGAUGAACCAGCUAAACCAAAUGGAAUCAUUAAGGGAUACAAGAUAUUUUAUACAUUAGAACCUGACCUACCAAUAACACUAUGGACCACUCUAGAUGUACCUCUACCUCAGGCUGAACAACGUCAGGCUACGAUCUCAACACUAAUACCCAACAAGACCUACAGCCUGUGUGUACUGGCCUACUCCACGUUAGGAGAAGGACCAAUAUCAGACCUGGAACAAGUGAUGACCAAGCCUGGAGUUCCUGGUCAACCAAGAAAUUUACAUGCUAACGAGAAGGGGCCAAAUAGAAUAGAAGUUAUAUGGUCUCCACCAGAUGACUACCAACAUAUACAGAGCUAUGUAUUAUACUAUAAUGAUUCCACGGCCAGACAGGCAGCUCAUGUUGUCAUUCAGCCACCAACCAACAACUAUUUACUGGAAGAACUCAUUCCCGAUACUAUUUAUCAUAUUCAGGUGUCGGCUACUUCAAUAACCGGUGAAGGGCCAAAAUCUACUAUAAUUCAGAUGAAAACUCCUCAAUUUGAUACAAAAUGGAUUAACGAUCGUACAGGAAUUCCGAGUGCUGCACCCCAAGCUGUUACCGGGCAACCUGUCAGUAAAAACAGUAUCAAGGUCACAUGGAAACCACCUCCAGUUGAAAAACAUAAUGGUGAAAUAGAAGGUUAUAGAAUCUAUUUCCGUAAAAAUGACAGUGACUUGACUGACGAGGACGCUACUACUGUCAAGGUCGGCAAAGAUGCUAGGAUGUUGAUGCUUGGUGAACUGAACAUUUGGACCGAUUAUAUGAUAUGGGUCCUGUCCUUCACGUCUGUGGGGGAUGGUCCACCAUCUCCUACCAUUAUUGUACGGACCCAAGAAGAUGUCCCAGGUGAACCUAAAAGUGUUAAGGUGGAUGUUGUCAACUCGACCUGCUUAUUUGUGGAAUGGAAGCCUCCUGUAUCGCGGAGAAGAAAUGGAAUCAUCCGAGGAUACUAUGUAUAUUUUAUACCUUUGGACGAAAACGAUAAUCCUAAAGGGCAGGAGAAAUAUUAUGAUACCAAAGAUGGCAGUAUUGUCGAGGCUGUGAUCACUGAACUGGAUCCUAAUACAUUCUACAGGAUAACAGUCGCAGGUUAUACACGGAAGGGGGAUGGUGAAAGGAGUGAAGAGAGGAAAAUAAAAACAUCUGGUCCAGUUCCUUCAGAACCAAGAAAUUUUGAUGUAGAAUUAGUGAAUGCAGAGAAUCCUUCUGUCAGCUUGACUUGGCAAAAACCAGCUCACGUUCCAGGUACACUGAAGCACUUCAAAGUGUCGUGGGGACGGAAGGGAGAGCUGAUAUAUACUAAAACCUUGUCCUAUAGUAGAUACAGUUUUGGUACAGACAAAUUAGACAAAGGAGCAACCUAUGAAUUCCGUGUACAAGCUGUGAAUGAGAAUGGCAUUGGACAUCGUGCUGUUAAAACACUGGACAUUCCAGAUGGAGUACCUGCUGGUGCCCCUCAAAACUUUACGGUAACGGGUGUUAGUGAAACAACUAUUAAAUUAGAAUGGGAUUUACCCGCCAAACAUCUACAAAAUGGUGAAAUUGUCAUGUACCAGAUGAUUUACCACAAGCUGGCGGAAAUAGAUGUGGAAGAUUUAAAUCUGACGUCGACGGAGUUUACCAUCAGGGGAUUAGACAUGAACACGGAUUAUGUGUUCCAGAUUAGAGCAUUUACCAGUAAAGGUGCUGGGCCCUGGACAACAAAGUUGAUCUUCCACACUUAUGGACGAAUGCCCCCUGCACCACAAGAUGUUGUUGUUAGUAGGACGAGUUGGAAGACCAUCCAGGUCACAUGGAAUGAACCCAAAGUGCCUGUAUCUGGCUAUAAGGUCUCCUACAACCAGUUUGACGUAGAGAAUUUAGACAGCUGGCCUUCUAUUGAAAUAGGUCCUUACACAGUGGCAGAGAUAACAGGAUUAGAGAAACAGUCCUAUGCCAUCAGAGUGGCAGCUAAAUCAUUAGAUGGAAGGUUUGGGAAUGCUUCUGCUGCUGUUCUGGCUAAUGUACCUACAAGACCUGAAAGAGAUGAUAUUGUGACUAAUUUCCGUGUGACACUUAGGACAUCGACAACUAUUAACCUGGCAUGGGAUCCCCCUAAACAGAUUGGUAUCAAUAACUACCUAUUGGAGAUUGCAGGAAUGAAGUUUCAUCGUGUUAAAGGUCAGGUAAAUAAGCAGAAUGAGCCUCCGAUUCAACCAAUCAAUAUACCUGGUCAGUCAACAACAUUUGUGGUCCCUAAUCUGAAACCCAAGGCUAGAUACACCUUCAAUAUUACUUCCUUGUUUAGAAAUGGCAAAAGAGGACCAGAACAAUAUUUAACGGCAGAAACCAGACUGGAAGCACCUAGUAAAGUAGAUAGACCAGAAAUAGAAAAGAUUGAGAAAGGCAACAUAAAGUUUAGUCUAAAGGCUGCCUCUGAAGUCAAUGGAGGUAUAAGUCAUUAUUAUCUCAUAGUCGUUCCAAUACUAAACAGCACAGUCCUCAGAAGACCUCAGGAUUAUCAAUUUGAUGAGCUGUUUGAUGACCCCCUCCCUCCGACUUUCUCUGCCAGUAAACCUUACAUAGCAGCCAAGUUCUCCUCCAAUCGACUGCCAUCACUAUUUACAUUGGGGGAUGGGGAUGAGUACGAGGGAUUCACGAACAGACCUUUAAACAAGGACUGGAGAUACAGGGUGUUCCUCAGAGCACACACAGUAGAACAGGGACUGUACAAGUCUAGUGAUUUAUCUAGUCCAGUUACAUACUCCGGAUCCAAACCACCUUACCGAUAUAAUCCAAACUUAUCUAAAAACCCACUAGUACCUUCUGUCGUCAAAAACACUAACGAGGAUCAGGAACAGGAGCUAGACAGAACAGAUCCUAAUUACACUAUGAUAUUAAUCGUAGCACCUGUGUGUGCAGGUGUGGCCCUGCUCAUCGUGGGCUGUAUUGUUAUCGUGUAUUUGAGACGUAAAUCCCAUCGUAAGAGUAAAACCCCUGAGCCUCUUCCUGGUAAAGUGUUUGUUGAUGUCCCCCCUCAUCCAAGUGAUCCAGUAGAACUAAGACGUCAACAUUACCAGACUCCAGGUAUGAUCAGCCAUCCCCCUAUACCUGUUCAUAUGUUAGCUGACCACAUAGACAACUUAAAGGCCAGUGACAAUAUGAGAUUCUCUCAGGAGUAUGAAUCCAUUGAACCAGGUCAGCAGUUCACAUGGGACAAUUCUAAUUAUGAAAUCAACAAACCUAAAAAUAGAUACGCAAAUGUGAUAGCGUACGACCAUUCAAGAGUGAUUUUACAGCCAAUUGAUGGUAUACCAGGCAGUGAUUAUAUCAAUGCAAAUUAUAUGGAUGGAUAUCGUAAACAAAAUGCAUAUAUUGCCACGCAAGGUCCGUUACCGGAAACAUUUGGAGAUUUCUGGAGAGGAGUGUGGGAACAAAGGUCAAACACCAUCGUCAUGAUGACCAAAUUAGAGGAAAGGUCAAGGAUUAAAUGUGACCAGUACUGGCCCCAUAGAGGUGGAGAAACCUAUGGCAUCAUGCAGGUUUUGUUAGUGGAUGUCACUGAACUCUCAACUUAUACCAUCAGAACGUUCCACGUCUCAAGGUAUGGUUAUCCAGAGAAACGUGAAGUGAGACAGUUCCAGUUUACAGCAUGGCCUGACCACGGUGUCCCAGAUCAUCCUACCCCAUUGUUGAUGUUUAUGAAGCGUGUAAAAGCCUGUAAUCCCCAGGACGCUGGACCUAUGAUAGUACAUUGCAGUGCUGGAGUUGGUAGAACAGGAGCAUUCAUAGUAAUAGACGCCAUGUUGGAACGUGUCAAACACGAGAAGACGGUUGAUAUUUAUGGUCAUGUGACUUGUCUGAGAGCACAGCGUAAUUACAUGGUACAAACAGAAGACCAGUAUAUAUUCAUCCACGAUGCUUUAUUGGAAGCCGUAACCUGUGGCAAUACAGAAAUCCCAGCUCGUAAUUUAUCCGCACAUAUACAGAAAUUAUUACAACCAGAACCAGGUGAAACUUCUACAGGGAUGGAGUUAGAAUUUAAGAGAUUAGCCAAUAUGAAAGCCAGUCCUAAUAGAUUUAUUAGUGCCAAUCUUCCAGUUAACAAAUUUAAGAAUAGAUUGGUCAAUAUACUGCCAUAUGAAUCCACGAGAGUAUCAUUACAUCCGAUCAGAGGAGUGGAUGGGUCAGAUUAUAUUAAUGCAAGCUUUAUUGAUGGUUAUAGAUACAGACAGGCUUACGUAGCUACACAAGGACCAUUGGCGGAGACGGCAGAAGAUUUCUGGAGAAUGUUAUGGGAACAUAAUUCUACAAUCAUAGUCAUGCUCACAAAGCUCAGAGAAAUGGGCAGAGAGAAAUGUCAUCAGUAUUGGCCAAGUGAACGAUCAGCAAGAUACCAAUAUUUUGUUGUUGAUCCAAUGGCUGAAUAUGAUAUGCCAUCAUAUAUGUUACGAGAAUUCAAAGUCACAGACGCCAGGGAUGGUCAAUCCCGUACAAUCAGACAGUUCCAGUUUACUGAUUGGCCAGAACAAGGUGUUCCCAAAUCAGGAGAGGGAUUCAUAGAUUUCAUAGGACAAGUUCAUAAAACAAAAGAACAGUUUGGUCAGGAGGGACCCAUAUGUGUUCACUGCAGUGCUGGAGUUGGACGAACUGGUGUAUUUAUAACCCUGAGCAUUGUAUUAGAGAGAAUGAGAUACGAGGGAGUUGUAGAUAUGUUCCAAACUGUUAAAAUGUUGAGAACACAAAGACCUGCCAUGGUGCAAACUGAGGACCAAUACCAGUUCUGUUACAGAGCUGCAUUAGAAUACCUAGGAUCAUUUGAUCAUUAUGCAACAUAGACCAGCGAUGGAGAGAAAGACAAUAUUAGUGGGACCCAAAUAAACUAUGGGCAAUCAUGGACCUCUGUAGAACAUGUUAAACAUUUAUUUAUUUAACAAACAUUUGUUACGCUUGUAGAUUGUUAAUGAGUUUCUAGCAUGUUUGUGAGGAUAAUUUGCCCUACAUUUUGUACAGGUUGAAUUUUGUUUGCUUCAGAGCUAUUAUUCCUGGUCAAAAGACAACUUGUUCAGAUGUGGAAAGUUUUUAAACAGGAGUAUCUUCUACUUAUUCAUUUAACGGAGGAAAGUGCAAUACAGUUUUAUUGUAAAUACGUACUAACAUGAAAAAGUGCUUCAUACACAUAUAUUAGUGUGAGAAUCUUGGUUGUAUAAAUGUUUGUGAAAUCAAGGUCAGAUGAAUGCUUUCACAGUGAAAUCCACUAUGAUAUGAUGCAUAAUUAACGAGAGGAAACAUUUGGACAGUGUGACGACCUAUUUGUGCUGCCAAAGAACAAUAACUCCGCCCAGAUUUGAGGGACGGCAUUAUUUACAUCAUGUGAUUUUGUUGUUUUAUUAUUACUAUGAUUAUGUUGGAGGUGCUCGUGCAGUGUUGUGAUAAAAAAGUUCAUUGGAAAAAUCUGAAGAAAAAAAGGAAACUUUUAACUUCUUAAGAUUUAAUAUUUCUUUUUUUAAAUAAGAUUGGAAAAAUUCUUUGUUUGACACCAAAAAACUACUUUAUUUUAGAGUAAUUUCCCCAUGAAGAAAAAGAUUGGAUCAUGUGUUUGCUAAAACAUUCCAAGCUUAUAACAUAGUCCUAAAUCUUAACCUGCAGAGAUGUCUUAUUAAUUGAACUAUAUCUCAAAACCAUUGAACUGUUAAUUUUUUUUAGAAUUUUUCAUUGAACGUGUGUGUAAGUGUUAUUAUGUACAUUAUUAAUUGUACUUCAAAAGUACACUCUAUUUAUAGAUGUUAGCAUUUUCUAUGUGUGACCGAUCACAUAGUUCGGACAGCUGUGGUCAGUAGGUGGGCAGUGGAUGUGAAGUUAUAUUUCAAAAAAAUGUGCAGAAAGUUCAGUGAAUUGAGGUUGACAAAAUAUGAUGAAUUAACCAACUUUUUCUAAGAUAAUAUUGAUCUGAAAAAGUAAUAGGUUGAUAAUUUGGACAAUUUUUUUUAUCUAUGGAUGAUAAUAUAUUUCUGAAUUAACUUCAAAUUGUUAUCAGUCCUUUUGAAAAAAAAAUAAAGUUCUAAUAUUUUUUUUGGCUCACAGGUACACUUGAAAUUUGAAGCAAAACUAUUUUGAAGAAACCAUUAAUUUAAGACAAGGGGAAGGUAAAAAGCAACAUUGCACCUGCCUAUUUUAAAUUUCUUUUUAAUAGGGGUCUAAUGAAGUGUACAAAUAUUGUUGAAAUGUUUUAAUUUUUCACCAAGUUCAACUGAAUUUACAAUGAAGGUAAUGAUGUGAGUUUGUCUGUUGAAAGGAACUGUAAAGAUGGUUUAAAAUGUAUGACUGAUCAGAUAGAACUAUAAUGCUACAAUGUUGUCAGAUGUUAUAUAUAUUAAUGUCGCAAUGCAAUAUCAUUCUGUCCUCAUUGGUGUGCUCUCUAGAGUUCACACUUUGUGGUGUUAUCUAAAGUUUACACAUUCUGUGUUUUCUCUUUAGUUAAUAUAUAAUGUGUUCUCUAAGUUAACACAUUCUGUGUUCUGUGAAGUUUACACAUUGUGUUUUUUCUCUAAAAUUAACACACUGUGUGUUCUCUGAAGUUUACACGACUGUGUGUGAUCUCCAAAGUUUACACAUUGUAUUGUCUUCAUCAUUACAAUCUAUAAGAUGUUUCUUCCUGCAGUAAGUCCCAUCUAACUUGUUGUAAGUAGAUUGGAUAACUUUCUGUAUAUUUAAUUAGAUCUUCCAGGAGAAUAUAUUGUAAUUGACUAUCCAUAUUUUCUAUCGAAAUACAAUCAUAUUUUAUUAUAGUCUUAAGAAAAUUCAAAUCGCUUUCUUUAUUUAAUUAAUUUGAAUUAAAUUUAUAUAAAUUAUUGGAGAAUCUUUUAAAAAAAUAUGUGUUUUUCUGUUUACUUAUUGAUCUAAGGAGAUAUUUUUUCAUACUUAAAUAGAAGUUGUAUAUUUCAUAAGCAAGUAUUUGUUAUUGUACAAAAGCUUACUGUAUAUACAAUAUGUGUACUUUACGGUGAGUUCAGCAUUUAAUAGAAAUUUGCAUAAAAUCAAGAGUUAUUUCUUCAAUGAAGUAUUUAGAAAGGUAGCCAAGUUGUAUGAGAAAAGUCUGUCAGUUUAUCUUCCUUUUAAUUUGAGUAACAUGAUGCCCAUUGUUUGUCUUUAAAUUUUCAAAAUUGUUUCUAGUUAUAAAAUCUCUUAUAAGUAUUAUUCAAUGACCAUUUCCACAAAAAUAUUUAAAUGAUGGUUCAGCUAUAAAAGUUGUUGUGGUUUCUAUUAAAUGCUGGUACUCAUUAUAAUGUGAUGAAAAUUCUAGUCCAUUAUAAUAGUUGUACUAAAUCGCUACUGUUUUUUAUUGUGAACAUGGGCCAUUUCAUUUCAUUAUUGACAAACAAAAAAGUAUUUUAAUCAUUUUGUUUUCAUCAUUAAUUUUGUGAUAUUCUUGUAUUAGAUUCAUUUUAAAACAAUUAGUUCACAAACAAGGAAACAAACUUGCCAAAUUCUUUUUUAUAAUUUUGUACAUCAUUUUAUUGAAGAAAAUCUAUUGAGUUCAUUAUUGUACCACCGACUCCUGCCAUUACAGUCCAUAGAAUCUGUGGUCCAUAUUUGUUGUAAGUCAAGUAUUGCUUACAGUUUCCCUAUCAACAAGACCACUUAAAAAGUGGGUCUUUCAAAUAGAUCAUAUGAUCAUUGAUGUACCAAGAACAAAUUUUGGAAAAAAUCAAUUCCUAGAUAAAUUUUUAAUUUUGUGAGGUUUAGAAAACAAUAAUGUCAUUUUUUUUCCAUUAAUUGGAAAGAGUUAAAAUUUUAUAUAAGAGAAGAGAAAUAUUAAAUAGAUAAAAACAAUCUCAUUUAAUUAAACACUUUUUGCUGAAAUAGGUUAUUACUAACCUAAACUGAAAAAUAUUUCUUACUAGUAUGCUACCACAACUGAACUCAUGUUCUGAAAUCUGAAUAUAUGAAUUUUAGAAAUUUAUUCUCCAAUUAUUGUUUUUAUUUCUACUCUGAAAGAAAAUUAGACUCAAAAUAAAAAAGAAGACAAAAUCUGUUAUGCGGUUGUGUUAAAGAAUUAAUUUUAUUUAUUUUGACAUAAGUAAAUGUUAGUUCAGUUGUAAGCUUUAAUAUCAUUUUUGUUACAUUUCAUUUACUGGAAUAUAAUGUUCGUCAUCCAUCAUAAAAUAGUACUUUAAUAAAAGUCAUAGUGAUGUA